UUUUCAACUUCUCACGAGGAUGGACCAAGACUGGAUUGGGCCUCCACCUUCCAAACGUUUCCAACCAUGAGCAUGCAGAAGAAGCCCCCAAACGUCAGCACUCAGCCGAACAGACAAGACAAAGCUUCAGCCCACCACUUCAGAGAAGGCAACCAGAAUCCUACGCCCUAUGCCUAAUCCAGAAACUCUUCUAUCCGGGCAACCUCUCCACUCAGCCUCUCACCACAGAAAAACCUAUAUAAUCUUUUCCAACUCACCCCCCUCUUCUCCCUCCCUCUAUUCCUCAAACCCCUCUUCAAAAUGGUCCACUUCUACGACUCCUACCUCGUCAUCAGCCCUAACCCCCAGCGCGAGGGCAGCUGCCUCCAGGAGCGCAUCUUCGACCACACAAGCCAGCAGUGGCGCGAUGCCAAGUGCUUCUACAUCAAGUUCGGCGACGCCGACGACGCCGACGAGAGAGAGCGCGCGUAUAAGACGCAUAAUCCUAGCUACGCGUUCCAAAAGAACAGUCGCUCCCUCAAUCAGACUCUCGAGUACAUCGACAUGGACAGACGCAGGAUAUACCCGAAGAUCGGGAAGUAUCUGGAGUGGACGGCUAUUCGCUUGGCGGGCGGUACUUAUUUCUAUGAGGGCACCGAAUGGCAUAGGCUCGUCUUGAGAGAGGGGCAGGAUAUCGAGACGCUGAGACGCAUACUGUGCGAGCUGCUGGCCCUGUUUCCACAGUACGACUGGCAGCAUGAGCCCCGUAGCGCGGCUGUGAGGCGCUUUGAGGAGAAGGUCCAGGAGGCUUGGUGGGGCCCGAAUGGGAUCGCUGAGUUUCAUGAUUAGGUAGGGUACCGGCAGCUUCGUUUGAUUGUGUAUUAUGGAUGUUCCAGCUGCUUUAAUCUGGGUCUGAGCCGCCGUCAUACGGUGCGUAAGCUGGUAGUAGCCAUCGAUCGAAGUCCCUUCACCUCUCAUCGUC